CAUUGUAUUUUCAUUUCAGUUCAUCGCCAUAAUCAAUCCACUGUCUCUCGCACUGUAAACCAACAAAAAAUGCAGAUCUUCGUCGUAACCCUAACUGGCCGGACCCUUACUCUCGACGUCGAGAGCACCGACACCACCGAGAAUGUCAAGGCCAAGAUUCAGGAGAAGGAAGAAUUACCGCCUGAAACGCAAUUGAUGUACGCUGGUAAGCAAUUGCAAGAUGGUCGUGCUCUGGCUGACUAUAACAUUCAGAAGGAGGCAACACUUUACCUUGUUGUGAGGCUUAGAGGAGGAACUAUGAUCAAAGUCAGGACGCUUACCGGAAAAGAGAUUGAGAUCGAUAUUGAGCCUAAUGAUAGCAUUGAUCGGAUUAAAGAACGUGUUGAGGAGAAAGAAGGCAUUCCUCCUGUCCAGCAGAGGCUUAUAUAUGCUGGAAAGCAACUCGCAGAUGACAAAACAGCUCGUGACUACAACAUUGAGGGUGGCUCUGUGCUUCAUCUUGUGCUUGCCUUGAGGGGUGGUAUUUUUUAGACUGGUAUGUAUCUUCACAUAAUGUUUGGUUAUCGAGUCUUUGUUAGUGAUGUGUAGAUAAACAUUUAGACUAUAGAAGAUAUUCUGGUCAUAUUGGAAACUAACUUGAGAUUGUUGUUCAUUUCCGACCAAGUUAUCUGUUGUCGAGUUUGAUGAUUACAACAAAAUCUGCUUCAUUAUGUUUCUGAGUAUUGUUAGUUUCAGUCAAGGAUGAGAUUUAGACCGAAUGCAAUUUUGAGGUGUACAUCGUAGUCGUUAAGGCUGCUAUUGAUAAUCGGCGUUGUUGUGUUCAGGUUGAAUUAUGAUAUUUUUACUUGGUAA